AUGGAAAGUGAAGUGGAGAAAGAACUGGAGGAGGGAGAUGUGGAUGAGGCAGACAAAGAGGUUGAAAAAGGAAAAGAGGUGUACAACUAUGUCAACCAGGAGAUCAUCAUCCAAGAAGCUCUGGAUUCGUACGCAGGCAUGAUCUGGCCCGCUGCUCUGGAUCUCUGUCACUACCUUGAAACUCACAGCGACCAAUGGAAUCUUGUGGACAAAGCGGUCCUGGAGAUUGGAGCGGGAACUGGCCUUGUGUCUGUUGUGGCGUCCCUCUUAGGAGCCUGGGUCACAGCCACAGACCUACCAGAAGUCCUGAACAACCUGAGAGUCAACUUAUGCAGGAACACCAGGGGCCGCUGCAGACACACCCCCCAGGUGGCAGCUCUGUCCUGGGGCUUUGACUUGGAGAGCACCUACCCGUCGUCUGUCUAUCGGUACGACUACGUGCUGGCAGCCGACGUGGUUUACCAUCACGACUUCCUGGACGAGCUCCUGGCCACAAUGAAGCACUUCUGCAAACCAGGAACAACGUUGAUCUGGGCCAACAAGGUCAGGUUUGAGACAGACCUGACCUUUACAGACAACUUUCAAAAGGCCUUUGACACAACUUUACUGGCCGAAGACGGAGUGAUGAAGAUCUUCAUGGCAACCAUAAGAGAUGAGGAGAAAAAUGGUCAUGAGGGGUUUAAAAUCGAAUAUCUUCCAAGAGAAGUGGUGGAGGAAGAAACAGACAGGGAUGAGAGGAGUAAAGAAAAGCCCCAAAUGCACAGUGAAGCUGCACUUUCCUGUGAUGACCAGGUGAAUGAAACAGACUUAUUAGAAAAUGGAAGAGGAGAUGACGGAGAAAAAAUAGAAGACAGUGAUGAGGAGGAAGAGAUAGUGGUGGAGGAGGAGACAGACGGGGAUGAGAGGAGUAAAGGAAACCCCCAAACGCACAGUGAAGCUGCACUUUCCUGUGAUGACCAGGUGAAUGAAACAGACUUCUUAGAAAAUGGAAGAGGAGAUCACGGAGAAGAAAUAGAAGACAGUGAUGAGGAAGAAGAGAUAGAGGAGAUGGAGAACCCCAAAAAGGACAAUUGUUCAAGCGAUGACACAGAUGAGACUAGAGAUGAAGGACCUUCAAGACAGGAGCUUGAGAGGCAGGCAGCUGUUCAGCACAACUGGAUCCCUCGUGUUAUUUUUAGUCUUGAGAAAGACGUCUACCAUUACGUCGGCCAGGACAUUGUCAUUUACGAAUCCAUAGAUUCGUACGGAGGAAUGAUGUGGCCAGCUGCAUUGGCUUUGUGUUCCUUCCUGGAGAAUCAAACGCAGACCUUCAACCUGCAAGGGAAGGAGGUGCUGGAACUGGGAGCUGGGACAGGACUGGUGGCCAUCGUGGCCAGCCUGCUGGGAGCUGCGGUCACAGCCACAGAUCUGCCGCAGAUGUUGAGUAACCUCCGUGCCAACGUGAUGAGGAACACCAGGGGCCGCUGCAGACACCUCCCCCAGAUAGCUGCGCUCUCCUGGGGCUUCGACUUGGAGAGCACCUACCCGUCGUCCGUCUAUCGGUACGACUACGUGCUGGCAGCCGACGUGGUUUACCAUCACGACUUCCUGGACGAGCUCCUGGCCACAAUGAAGCACUUCUGCAAACCAGGAACAACGUUGAUCUGGGCCAACAAGGUCCGGUUUGAGACAGACCUGACCUUUACAGACAACUUUCAAAAGGCCUUUGACACAACUUUACUGGCCGAAGACGGAGAGAUGAAGAUCUUCAAGGGUACCAGCAGAGAGUCAGCGGUGGAAGGGAUUUGA